AUGAUCACUAGUACAAUAGCAAGUGUUAAACCUGCAAGGGGAAGGUUAGAGAAUCUCCUUCACAAAGUAAAAACAAUGGAUAUGAAAUCACUGGAGCGAAGUUUAGAAGCGAAAAAACGCUAUGAAUUUCACGAAAGAACUUUAACGACAACAACAGAUGAUGAGGAAAAGUACGCGGAGAACACGGAGAAACGGGAGGUAAAAGAAUCUUCGCACUAA